AUGAAACUGAGGUUUCGAAGCCCAGUUGGAUCCGCAGGAUCUUUCAGGAGUCGGAUGACAAAGUCGGGCAUUCGCAUGACUCAUGCUAGAUCAGCACGUCGGUCACAGAAAAUCUUUCGCCUUACUAAAAGCAAAAGGGCUCAGCUAGCUGCUGGUCCUGACCAAGUUUGCUUACCAUGUCCCUUCUCACCCUCUUGUUCUUCCAUGGUCGCCUCUCCUGCCUCCAUUUUGCGUUGUCGCCACUUUUCUCCCACGCCUUCCUGA